AUGGGAAUUGGCGUUUCGGCAAUUUCGUCUGACGAUGCCUCACACAUUUCAAAAUCAAAAUCACAACCCAACUCACCCAAAUCACCAACCUCACCUACCUCUCCAUUCAUGAACCAAGCUUCCUUCAAUAAUCUUCAAAAUUCGACUAAUAAUAAUUCCUUUUCGAAACAAACAGCAAAUUUAGCUGCAAAAUUAAAAAAGUCAGGUUCGUUCAAUAAUAAUUUGAAUGGUUCGAAUCAUCCACUUGUUUCGGUUGGAAGUGGUGGCUCAUUGCUUAAUCCUUCGAUAGGUUUUCAUUCAUCACCAACUCUUGGAGUGGGAGAUAGUAAAUUGAGAGUUUCGUCUAAUGAUUUGACAAAAGACAUUUCGAAUAAUAAUUUGAAUGGAUCAAGUGUUAAUGGAAAUGUUAAUGCCAUACUCUUAAAAGAUAAUCCACCACCUCCAAACCUUCUUUCUGUCAAUACUUCUCCAAGGCGUCGUUACAGCUCUCAAAUGUCAGUCAAGAAUCACACUCAAAUUGAACCUGACAAGCUGAACAUUUUACUUUUAGGUGCAGGAGAAGUUGGAAAAUCUCUUCUCUUUAAACUAAUGAAAUAUCUAUGUGAAGGACCUGCUCAGAGAUCAACUAGUCUCAUUGACAUUGACGUUUCUACAUUUUACAAUGAGAAUGAUUUGAAAGGUUUCGUUCAAGUUAUUAGAGAGAAUGUUCUCCAUAAUAUGAGAUGGGUCAUUGAGGGAAGUGAAGAUUUAGCAAUUGAUAUUCGAGGUGGAGAAGAAUUGAAAGCAAAAGCUUUUGAUUUUGCUGAUAAAGUUAGUGAGAUGGAUGGAGUUGAGAGUUUGUAUACUGUGAGUGGAAAUUGUAAAGUUUCAAAGGAAUUUUGUGAGUUUUUUGUCAAGUUAUGGAAUGAUGAAGGAAUUCAAGAGUCAUUUAAGAGAAGAAAUGAAUUUAGAGUCUACGAUAACGCAGAAUAG